UCGACUUUCUGCUUACUGCCAAUGCAGCCUCUCAAGGUGGGAGUGCUUGGGGCAACAGGCACGGUCGGACAGCGCUUCAUCACUCUUCUUUCCACCCAUCCCUGGUUUGUGAUCCAUGUACUUGGAGCAUCGUCUCGUUCAGCAGGCAAACCCUACGCAACGGCGGUCAACUGGAAGCAAAUCGCCUAUAUGCCCAAUGUAGUCAAGGAUCUCAUCGUUCAAGAGUGUAAACCGGAGGCAUUUAGAGACUGCGCUGUCGUGUUCUCUGGCCUGGAUGCUGAUGUUGCUGGUGACAUCGAAAGCGCUUUCCGUGCUGCUGAGCUCGUCGUUUUUUCCAACGCAAAGAACUAUCGAAGAGAUCCUCAUGUGCCACUCAUCGUGCCUCUCGUCAAUCCAAGCCAUCUUUCGAUUGUCCGUCAACAGCAAUUGCUCCACGAGCCUCCACUCCAGAAAGGCUUCAUCGUCACCAAUGCCAACUGCUCAACUACCGCCCAUGUCAUUCCGCUUGCUGCAUUAGAGCAAGCUUUCGGACCUAUUGACACCCUGAUGGUCACCACCAUGCAAGCCAUAUCGGGUGCAGGCUACCCUGGGGUUCCCAGCUUAGAUAUUAUGGACAAUGUUGUUCCCUUCAUCUCAGGCGAGGAGGAGAAAAUCGAGUGGGAAACGCGUAAAAUUCUUGGCGGAAUCGUCGACGUGGAACCAGAGCAACUUGUCGGAAGCAAGCCUCUUCAGCAGUUCGAUUUGCAUGCAUCUACUCCGCUGAAAAUAUCUGCCGCCUGUAACCGAGUUCCAGUUACUGUGGGCCAUAUGAUCAACGUGUCUGUCAAGUUUGCCCAGCGCCCACCCCCCUCACCACAACAAGUUUCUGAAGCGCUGCGCGAUUACCGUUCGGAGGCUCUGUUACUGGGUUGCCCCUCUGCCCCGCUUCAGACAAUAACUGUUCAUGACGAGCCAGACAGGCCUCAACCUCGUAUGGAUCGUGGCCAUCAGAAUGGCGCUGGGGUGAAUUAUUGGCGGACAACGGGCCAUCUCUUCGUCGUAGUUGUCAGCAUGUAUCUCGUGACCGUGAAAAUGUCUUCUGAUUCUGCCCUCAAGGCAGCUGUUUUCCAGCGCCUUCAUCCACACACUUACCUUGAGCGCUUUGUUGCCGAGAAAUACAGACCUGACGGUCGUCAAUUCGAUGCUUGGCGCGAUGUCUCUGUGAAUGUGGGUUCAAUUUCGACCGCUGAUGGUUCCGCACUCGUUCGGUUGGGUGAAACGACAAUUGUGUGUGGAGUCAAAGCAGAGAUUGCGGAGCCUGAGCUCGAUUCGCCUGAAGCAGGUUUUAUCGUUCCCAACAUCGACCUUCCAGCGCUUUGCUCUCCCAAAUUCAAACCAGGACCCCCAAGCGACGAGGCACAAGUGCUUUCGGAUCGCCUGAAUGAGGUGCUUUCAGGAAUAAUCCCUCUCUCUUCCCUCGUCAUCCGUCCUGGAAAGCUUGUCUGGGUUCUCUAUGUGGAUGCUACUUGCAUCAACUACGACGGAAAUGUCUUUGAUGCUGCGCUGCUUGCGAUGGUCGCUGCUCUUCGCAACACCAAAUUACCCAAAGCGAUCUUCAAUUCAGAGACUGAACAAGUUGUGUGUUCACGCCACGAGAUCGCCCCCCUCCAAAUCAUCAAAACACCGACAUCCAUGUCUUUUGGUCUGUUUGACGCAAAAACUUUACUGGCGGAUCCGACCGCGUUUGAAGAGCCUUUGCUUGAGGCCUCCGUUUCGGUUAUACUGGACGAGCAAAAACAACUGGUUUCUGUCUCUCAAGUGGGGCUCGUAGAGGACGAAAGUAUACUCUCCACAUGUAUUGCCGCUGCCAAGCAGCGUCACACAUUUCUUGUGCAGCAAAUACCAUGA